AUGAGCCCCACCUUUGCAUCUUUAUCAGAAGAUCUUCUAUGGAAGCUCGAGAAUGCACACAAUAAUCCUCAACCUUUCGGAAGAGUUACCGAUCUGAGAAGAAACAUCAUUCUCGACUUCUUCUCCUCGUGGCAAAUGACGGUUGGACAAGACGUUUACCCAGCUGCAAGGUUGGCACUGCCGUCUAAAGACAGAGACAGAACAUUCUUCAUCAAGGAUAAGACCCUUGGGAAGUACAUUAUCCAGAUCUCUCAUAUACCGGAGGAUUCUGAUGAUUGGAAGCAAAUAAAUGAUUGGAAAAGUGGGUUCCGUGACCAACUGCACUCCACAAAGACUCUUGCCGAUAUCUUGGCAACGAUCGUUGCCAAAAGAAAACUACACCACUCUACUGGAGGAUUAUUAACAAUUGAUGAGGUAAAUAGUCGAUUAGAUGAGCUCAAUAGUGGGGCAUCAGCAAUCCAUUUGAAGAUCAUUGAAGAAUUUAUCGACAAGAUGAAUCCCAAGGAGUUGAGGUACAUUUUCAAGAUCAUCUUGAAACAACGUGUUCUCGGUAGAAUGGAAAAUCAGUUUUUUGAGCUGUGGAAACCUAAUGGCUUACGUCAGUUCAAUGUUACCAAUGAUUUGAAGCAGAUAUUUAAAAAUCGUGAGAUUCCCGAUCAAGACUCUGCUGAGUCCAUGCCUUCAAUCCAAUUGAUGAAUCCAUUUGCUCCACAAUUAAGCCCAUUUCCUCCCGAGAGUUACGAGAAAUUGGCUAACAGACUAAACAAUAAAUUUUGGAUAGAGGAAAAACUUGACGGCGAAAGAAUACAGAUUCACAUGGACCUCAGGACUGGCAACUUCAAGUUCUUCAGCCGAAGAGGAAAAGAUUAUUCUUCCAUUUAUGGAGAAAACGGAAGUGUACCAGGAUCUGUUGCAUCUUGCAUAAUACGGAACCAUGUAUUUGUCCCUGGAGUCAACAACUGCAUUAUAGAUGGGGAGAUGGUUGCUUGGGAUGAAGAAAGGCAACAGAUACUUCCCUUUGGAACAUUAAAAGGUGCUGCACUUCUGCAAAUAUCAGAGGGCGCAAAGGGAAAUGAAUCAAGCUCUGUCCACCCAUUUUUCAUAGCUUUUGAUUUAGUCUACUUGAAUGACAAAAGCUACGAAAAUUAUACUCUCAGAUCAAGAAGGGAUCAUCUGGCGACAAUCAUUCGAAACCCUGUCAAGUCUUACUUUGAGGUGCUUGACUACUAUGAAGGUGAAUCGGGGACAGAUAUUGGGUCAGCUCUUGCUCAGGCCGUUAGGAAAAACUCUGAAGGAAUUGUGAUGAAGGAUCCUUUUUCACCUUACUCUGUUGGGACCCGUGCCUUUUCAUGGAUCAAGGUCAAACCCCAUUAUUUUGAGGAACUAACAGAAAGCUUGGACCUGGUAGUUGUUGGCCGCAGUGUUUCCUUGAAGAGUACGUUUGUGUGUGCUUUGUUGAAGAAAGAACCCGAGGGAGCAGAAGGAUCGCUUGCCCAGUUUGUGACCUUGUGUAACGUAGCUAAUGGACUUUCCAGGGUUGACUACGAAAAGAUUUCUCAGGAGACAGAAAAGUUUUGGCGAAGAACAGACAGGAAGCCUCCGCCAACGGAUCUCAUAGAUUUUGGGACAGUCAUUUCAGACGAAUGGAUAGAUCCACGUCACUCUGUUGUCUUGGAAGUGAGGGCCCGCUCCAUCAAUACUGAGAUUGGUCUCAAGUUCGGAGCAGGAACGACAUUGAUGAAUGCAUACUGCAAAUCUGUCAGGUCUGACAAAGACUGGAGAACUGCAACGACCCUGGAUCAAUAUCAACAAAUGAGGAUUCCUAUUGCUACGGAACUCGAAAAUAAGAAAACCACGAGACGAGAAUUACCAUUGACAAAAAAACAGCUGUUGCACAAAAAGAUGAGAAAAGGCCUGGAUGUUGAGGUGGAAGACUCCCUAUUCAAAGGAUUUGUGUUUCACAUUCUUUCUGAUUAUAAGUCUGACUCAGUGAGAAUCACCAAAGAUUCGCUCUACAAACUUGUCAGACAGCAUGGGGCAGAUAUCACUUAUUCACACCUAGAUGAUCUGCGGAAGGAUAUAAGGUACAUGGUUAUUAGUCAGGUCAUGACUAGAGACACUGCACUAGGCCCAGUAGAUCAUGGCUACCUAGUCUUCCGACCUCAAUGGAUAAUUGAUUGCAUAAAUGCAAAGACCAUAGUGCCGAUUGAAAAUUCGCAUUUUUUUUAUGGUGCAGCUAUGGGGUUUCCGGCAAAGAUGCUUGAUGAGUAUGGAGAUAGCUAUUAUCGUGGAGUCAGUGACGAUAACUUGAAGGAGUUCUUUGAUCAUCUCAAAUUUCCAAAAUCUCAACCUUCAAUCCCAAGCUUAGCGAUUUCGCAGCUGAUGUCCUCGCUCCUAACAGGUUUAUCAUUUUACUUAAUAUCUGCCUCUUCGACUUGCGAGCUGACAAUGGAAUUGGAGGAUACUAUCAUACUGCAUGGUGGUGAUGUUGAGAAAAAAUACACAGACGCCAAAAUCAUUGUGGUGGUAGAUGAGUACGCAAACAAAGCCGAAGAAGCUGACGUGAUACAAAAAGUGGAAAGAAUCAGGGAUGCCCUGUCAAAUCCCAUUCCUGAUCCAGGGACAGCCUUUAAAAUUUUUACAAGAAUGGUGACAUACUCCUAUAUUUUAUUAUCUAUAAGGGAGGGUCAUCUUCUACCACCUGAAGAUUACGCUUUUAGGCCACAUGCAUAA